AUGGAGAAUAAAAGUGCCAUGUUUGAGUCGGUCCUGUCCGAUGUAGAAAGACAUUUAGUCAGCACACUUCUCCUCAUCGUUGCCGUGGUUGGAAUUAUUGGGAACAUUCUGGUUAUUCUCGCCUUCGGUCUGUCCCGUAAGCUUCAUAACACAACUAACUGUUUUGUAGUGAAUCUCAGUGUUGCUGAUUUCAUCACUUGCCUCAACAUCCCGAUCAAUGCGGCGGCUAUGCUCAGUCCUCAUGGAUCGAUCCCAGAUUGGAUCUGCAUCGUAUGUGGCUUCUGCUCAGUGACGUGUAUUGGGUGUGGCGUAUAUAAUCUUACAUGUAUCGCUGUCUACCGCCUCGUCUUAGUAUCAAACCGACAACCCCAUCACACAGGUCGUGCAUUUACACAUAUUGUGGUAUCAAUCAUCAUAGGAAUAACUUGGUUGAUCCCACUAACGAUGGCAUCCAUUCCGUUUGUGUUCGGUUUCGGUGAAUUGGGAUACAACCCAAAGUACAGCUCUUGCACUUGGAAGACGUCAUCAAGCAGCACUGAACUUGACUCUUACAGUCUUCUACUAGCUGUGACAUAUUACCCAAUCCCAACAUUUAUCCUCAUUACAAGCUAUGCCAAACUAUUCAUCCAUCUAAAGGGUCACAGAAAACGAGUCAUUCCACUCCAACGAUCGGAAGAAUGCUCGCACCCCGUCCAGCCAGCCCAAAGGGGAGCCAGGAAAAGUAGUCAGAAAGGGGUCACGAAGAACAUGUUUUACGUUGUUUGUGCUUUUUUGGUAUGCAUGACACCGUACAGUGUUUGUUUGGUUGUUUCAGGGAGUGAUUUCUUCAUCCCAUACGCUGUGGUUUUUCUGCUGGCCAGUAGCUGUGUAAACCCUGUUAUUUACGCCACUAAGCAUCCACACUUUAGCAUUGUUAUGCGAAGUAUUAUUACUUGUAGCUUCAAGAAAAUCCCUCAUUUUGUCCUCAAAUAA